GGUGGACCUGGAGGCAGUGGUGGGUCGGGUGGGCCAACAAGGCCUGGAGCUGGGCAAUACAGCCCGAACCUGGUGACGAAGCACAUUGAAUUGGCAACUGAGCACACCUAUGAGCACACCUAUGAGCACAGCACAGCACAGCCUCGCGCGGCGGUAAAGCGGACCGUCACUGCAACCUGGCCUCCAGCUCCCACGGCCAACACCACUUGACCUGAUUGGCCUCUAGCAGAAAAGCAAUCCUGAAUGUGCGCACGGCAAUGGACUGACUGAACAGCCAAAACGCCAACGCUAUACUCCGACUACCAACCUGACGUGCCUUGCGCGCCGUCCCAUCAACCCGCCCACCAGCAGCAUCAGUGCCUCCCUCCCUACCACCUACCUACCUGCCUAAGAGCACCUACUCCUGCCGCCACCGGAGCCCCUGAUCCCCGGCGCGCCACCAGUGUCCGUCUAACAGCCCAGCCGCGCCGCCACCAUGACGGUCCCCUACCGUGACAUCAACGUGCAUGCGGCGGCCGAUUCGUAUACUUUCACAUCGCCCUCGUCGCCCAACGCCCCCGCCCUCGCCAUCGACCGGCCGACGGGAGAUAUCCGCCUGACUGAGGGCCAUGCCUUGUCCGGUAAACGGGUGCAGCGUGUCUCUAGCAUUGCCGGAAUCCUGGGAAUCAUCAGCCUGAGACUGGACAAGUAUGUCAUCAUCAUCACCAAGGCCCAGCCUGUAGGGCGGCUCAAGGGCCACAUGGUCUACCGGGUUAUCUCCACCGACCUGCUCCCGCUGCGCGAGCGCCAGAUCCGCGAUUCGGACGAGGACAGAUUUCUGGUGCUGCUCAAGGCCUUCGUCAAGGAAAGCCCGCUGUACUUCUCGUACUCCCUGGACAUCACCAACAGCUUCCAGCGCCAGUCGCAGCACUCCAAUAACACGCCGCUUUGGAUGCGGGCCGACGACCGCUUCUUCUGGAACAGGUUUGUUCAGACAGACCUGAUCAACUUCCGCUAUUCCGGCUCGCGCGCGAGCCCUGGCCCUCAGCAGGCUGCCGACCCAUUCAUCCUCCCUGUCAUGUUCGGAAUGCUCGAGAUUCACAGGACGCACUUCAAGAGCACCCCCGUCACCCUCGCGCUCAUCACACGCCGCGCCCGCUACCGCGCCGGCACCCGCUACCUCAACCGCGGCCUGGACCAGGACGGGCACGCGGCGAACUACAACGAGACGGAGCAGGUCCUGGUUCUGAACGACUCUGGCGGCAGCCUUGGUGGCUUUGCGGGAAGCUCUGAUAUGCAGAGUGGCAAGCUGGGCGGGUCUGGCGAGGGGAAGGAGGCGCAACUCUUCGCCUACGUCCAGACCCGCGGCAGCAUCCCGGCCUUCUGGGCCGAGAUCAACAGCCUCAAGUACACACCCAAGCUACAGAUCAAGAGCAUCGAGUCGGGGCUGCCGGCCGCCGCGGCGCACUUCCGCGAGCAGAUUCAGCUCUAUGGCGACAACUACCUGGUCAACCUGGUGAACCAGAAGGGCCGCGAACGCGCGGCCAAGCAGGCGUACGAGCAGGUUGUCGAGAAGCUGGCAUCGUCGCCGCCCCAGGAGCGCACCGUGGCGGACCAGCGCACCGACGAGAAAUUCCACACCAUCGAGGCGUCCAAGGUGCAAACUUCUUUUGACCGACUGCACUACGUCUACUUUGAUUUCCACGCCGAGACCAAGGGCAACAAGCUGCACCGCGCCCAGCAGCUCAUCGAACAGAUACGCGAGCCGCUCAUGGUGCAAGGCUACUUCUGCGCCUCGGAUUCACCCUCGGCCGUUGAUGGGCGGCCCGAGGUGCGUACGUACCAGACCUCGGUUGUGCGCACCAACUGCAUGGACUGUCUGGACCGGACCAAUGUCGUGCAGUCGAUGCUGGCACGCUGGACCCUGGACCGCAUCUUCGUCGACGCUGGGCUGAUGGAGGUGGGUCGCACGUUCAAGGAGGAAGACGCCAUCUUUGAGCAUCUUUACCGCAACCUCUGGGCCGACAACGCCGAUGUGGUCUCGCGUAGUUACGCGGGCACGGGCGCCAUGAAGACGGACAUGACGCGCAUGGGCAUCCGCACCAAGGCAGGCGCGCUGCGAGAUCUCGACAUCGCCAUCACACGCUACUUCCGCAACAACUUCCUGGACGGGCCGCGACAGGACGCCUUCGACUUGUUCCUGGGCGCGUACCAGCCGGCGGCGGCCGGCGGCCUGAUCUUUGUGGAUCGCCGCCCGGUCAUGGUGCAGGCUAUCCCCUACAUUCUGGGCUUCAGUAUCUUCUUCGUUCUGGUGGCAUUGUUCACGCCGCGCAUGCCCAACUCGGCUGUGCUACCCCUGCGGCUUUUUACCUUUUUGUUUUUUGCUAUGGCGGUGUGGUGUGGUGUAUUCAUUGUCAACAACGGCAUCUUAUAUGUCAACUGGCCCAAGCUCAACCCACGCCCCUGGGCUACCGAGGGCUAUCAGCAGACCAUCAGCAAGGUUAGGAAAGACAAGGUGAUCGGCCCCUUUGUUGCACGGCACGAGCGUGGCCUCAGCGCGGCCAGGUUCGUCAGCGCCGAAGAAGGAAAGAAGCGCACCGAGUGAAAUAUGCCAAAGAGGUAUUUGUCCUGGCCGGGUUUCACCCUCGUGUUUUCUUCCCCGGCUGUAGAAAACCAGUGGCUGUGUGAGAGGGUGUUCUGGAAUUGGGAUGUGGCCUAUAAUAAGAAGGAAUACACCGCGCAGCAAGCUUGUAUUUUUAUGUCUUGUCUUUGACUUUAUUUCUUUUGUCACAAUCUCUUUAUUUCCUUCCCCUGUGUCUUUCCGUCAUAUGUGACUUUUACACAAGCAUUUCGACAUGGGUGUGGCCAAGAAUUUGUCGACUGAGGGAUAGAAAGAGCGGCCUUUUUUUUUCUAGGACUCUUCUAAUAGAUACACGUAGACGUGUCCCUUUUCCAUUUCAUUAUAUAUGCCAUUGCCAGUAGCCUACAUGGCAGUGAUUCUCGUUGAGACAAGCAGAAAUUACAAGCUGAGCAUUACCUGUUCUCCCGA